AUGGCGGAAGGAACACGCCUGAACCGAUUAGAGGAGCUCACUAUGUCGAAUAAGCAAGAGGUCACCACCCUUAGUCGCGGUCUCGUGGAAGCUAACGAGAGGAUCGCCGAUACGCAAGCUCAGCUCACGAACAUGGACUCUUCCUUACGAUCCAUUGAAAAACUGCUUCGUGAGAAUUUGAAAUUGAAACUUAAGGUGAAUGAUUAUGGCUUCAAUGGUGACGACACCAUGGAAGGUGGUUCAGGGGCAGGGUCUGUGAGUGUGGGGGCUGAGCAGCCGUGGCCCCGACUCAGAGUGAAAGUCGCCGAUCUACCAAUGUUUGACGGUGAGGGGGUGGAGGAUUGGGUGUUUCGGGCCCGCCAAUACUUAGAGACUUUUGAGAUACCCAUGGAACAACGAAUCAGGGUAUUGUCAUUUCACUUGGUAGGGGCGGCUUAUGCUUGGUAUCGGUGGGGGAUAAACAACAACAUGGCGUAUACAUGCGAAGCGUUUCUGGAGGCGAUGGUCCUCAGAUUUGGAAAGAACCUCUAUUAUGAUCCCCGAACUGCCAUUAAAGAGUUGAAGCAGAGUGAAUCGGUGGAAGAAUAUCAAUGCCAAUUUGAAGAAUUGACCAAUCGAGUCAACGGAUUGAGUGAAGAAUGGAUAAUCUCACUAUUCGUAGCCGGACUCAAGGAGCCAUUGAAGUGUGAAUUGCUCUUGGCUCAACCUACCUCUUACGUACAAGCUGUCUCCAUCGCCAAACUGCAUGAACAAAAAAAUGCGGUAACUGCGGGCCUAGCUAGAAGCACUAUUAAUAAGCCCAUUACUCAACAAGCCCCAACCCGAUUUGCACCCAACCGCACUCUCAAUCCCAUUUACACUAAUCAGAAAAUUCAAACUAAUCCCACAUCUACCAACCCCGCAAACCCUGCAAUCCUCCAUUCCACCAACACUCCCACCAAAGCACCCCAGCCACCAUUCAAGAAAUUAACAAGUGCUGAGAUUCGGGCUAGACGAGAAAAAGGAUUAUGUUACUAUUGUGAUGACAAAUAUGCACCGGGACAUCGUUGCAAGGCUUCAUAUCAAUUGCUCAUUGGGGAAGAGGAACUUCAGGAGUUGUUGCAUGGAACGACAGAGGGUAAUGGAGAGGUACAUGAGUCAGACACCGAAGAAGAGGAGGAAGAGAAUGGACAGCAGAAUCCGCGGAUUAGUCUCAAUGCUUUUGAAGGUGAAUUUCACCCUGAGACCCUGCGUGUGAAGGGUACCCACGCCAACAAGCAGCUGCUGAUUUUAAUCGAUGGGGGUAGCACCCAUAAUUUUAUCAAGGGGUCCGUAGCUAAGAAGCUCAAUUUGUCUCUCACUCCUACACCUGCAUUAAAGGUAAUGGUUGGUAAUGGUGAAUCCAUAAACUGUGCUGCAAAAUGUCGAGACCUAUCACUAUUGGUGCAGGGAUACAAAUUCUCCGCGGACAUGUACGUAUUGGACCUUAAAGGAGCCGAUGUUGUGCUGGGUGUACAUUGGAUGAUGAGAUUAGGCACCAUCCGAAUUAACUACAUGGAGCUGUUUAUGAAAUUUAAAGAAAUGGGAACAUGGAUCACGUUCAAGGGUGAACGAUUGCUACGAGAGACCGAGCUUAAUUUCAGGGAGCUACGGAAACUCAGCGGAAGUAGUAACAUUGCUUCAUUGUUUCAAUUGGCAGCGAUUCCAUCGGUGGAAGAGCCCGUUCCGGAGAACCAAAACAACUACCCCCUCGUAGAGCUAUUGACCACCCCAUCCACCUUACACCGGGUGCAUCGCCAGUAA